UUUUUUCUCUCAUAAAACCAACGGAGGAAGUUCUCCACUAAAAUAACGAAAGAAGACACAGGAAUGAGGCAAACAGAAUGCGCACAACAAUGGUGAAAGAAGAUUGCAGGAUGAUAGCUGUGUCUCAGGCCCCGCCCCGCUCCCGUGCGGCGAACGCUCCAUAUCCGGGUUCCCGCCGCCGCCGCCGCGCUCAUUCAGCUUUGCCGGGAGCGGUGCGAUUCCCUGCCAAGAUGGCGGCCGUGGGGCGAGUCGGCUCCUUCGGUUCCUGUCCGCCAGGAUUAACCGCGACUUACACAGGCGGCCCCCUAGCCAACGAGCUAGCGUCGGGCAACGGCGGCGCCGCGGCAGGCGACGACGAGGACGGACAGAACCUUUGGUCCUGCAUCCUCAGUGAGGUCUCCACCCGCUCGCGCUCCAAACUCCCCGCGGGGAAGAACGUGCUGCUGCUGGGUGAAGAUGGAGCUGGAAAAACAAGCUUAAUAAGAAAAAUUCAGGGAAUAGAGGAGUACAAGAAAGGAAGAGGAUUGGAAUAUCUGUACUUAAAUGUUCAUGAUGAAGACAGGGACGAUCAAACAAGAUGUAAUGUAUGGAUCUUGGAUGGAGACCCAUAUCACAAAGGCCUCCUUAAAUUUUCACUGGAUGCCAUUUCUCUGAAGGACACUCUGGUUAUGCUGGUUGUUGACAUGUCAAAGCCUUGGACUGCUUUGGAUUCUUUACAGAAAUGGGCAAGUGUUGUUAGAGAACAUAUUGACAAAUUGAAAAUUCCUCCUGAAGAAAUGAAAGAAAUGGAACAAAAGUUGGUGAGAGAUUUUCAAGAAUAUGUUGAACCAGGAGAAGAUUUCCCAGCUUCCCCUCAGAGAAGAAGUACCGCGUCACAGGAGGACAGGGAUGACAGCGUGCUCUUGCCUCUGGGUGCGGACACGCUCACACAGAACCUGGGCGUUCCGGUGCUAGUGGUGUGCACAAAGUGUGAUGCCAUUAGUGUGUUGGAGAAAGAACAUGACUACAGAGAUGAGCAUUUUGAUUUUAUUCAGUCACAUAUCCGGAAGUUUUGUUUACAGUAUGGUGCAGCACUUAUAUACACUUCAGUAAAAGAAAAUAAAAAUAUAGAUUUAGUAUAUAAGUACAUCGUCCAGAAACUCUAUGGAUUUCCUUAUAAGAUUCCUGCUGUUGUUGUGGAAAAAGAUGCAGUAUUUAUUCCAGCAGGGUGGGAUAAUGAUAAGAAAAUAGGAAUAUUACAUGAAAACUUUCAAACGUUAAAAGCAGAAGAUAAUUUUGAAGACAUCAUAACUAAACCACCUGUCCGAAAGUUUGUGCAUGAGAAGGAAAUUAUGGCAGAAGAUGACCAAGUGUUUCUUAUGAAGCUACAGUCCCUUUUAGCAAAGCAACCACCAACUGCAGCUGGAAGGCCUGUGGACGCCUCACCAAGAGUCCCAGGAGGCUCCCCUCGAACACCAAACAGAUCUGUGUCAUCCAAUGUUGCUAGCGUGUCACCCAUCCCUGCUGGGUCAAAAAAGAUUGAUCCAAACAUGAAAGCUGGAGCUACAAGUGAAGGUGUCCUGGCAAAUUUCUUUAACAGUUUGCUGAGUAAGAAGACUGGCUCCCCAGGAGGCCCUGGUGUUGGAGGUGGCCCUGGAGGUGGGGCUGCGGGCGGAGGCGGCGGUUUACCAUCGUCUGCCAAAAAGUCAGGCCAGAAGCCCGUCCUGUCAGACGUCCAUGCGGAGCUGGACAGAAUCGCACGGAAACCAGUGACGGUCUCCACUACCACACCUACAUCUCCUGCGGAAGGAGAAGCUUCUUGAAGAUGCCAAAUAAAGCCAUUUAUUCACUUUCUGGGAUAAUGUAAACUUGCCUCUGCCUUCUCCUUCAGAAGUGGGAUUAGGGAGCUGGAGUGCUUUUUCAGAUGGACUAAAUUUAUGUCCUUUUUUUGUGUGUGUGGUUGCCCAUUUUUUAAUAAAAGGGAACUAUACAGAAAAAAUUAUUCUACACUAUGUAGGAUUGCUGUUUGCAUCGCCACUUUGCAUAAGAAAGUAAUUUUGGAUUUUGAAAAACUCAAAUUUAUAGAUGUGAAAUACAGCCAUGGAAUCAUAUUCUGAAGGCUACUUAAAACAUCUAGGAGGGUUUGGGAAGGGCAGAAAAAUAAUACGCUUUGGGCAUUUGACUGACUUGGAAGUCCAAGCUUAUUUUAGUUAAGACUGUUAAGAAAUCUUUUAAAGAAUUAUGUAGUAGUUUUGCUGGAAAAGGAUGAUCAGUUGUCAGAUUUUCCACCCCACCGUAACUAUACCACCACACAUGGAAUGUGCUGAGAAUCCUGUCAGGUAGCAUUGGAUACACUAGUCACUGUCUUAAUCCAUGGUCCUAUAAGUUAUCAAAAUGUGAUUUAGAAACUUUGGUCAAGAUUUGUUUCUUUAACUGAGAAGAAAAAGAAAGCACACUGCCUGAAUGGAUAAAAGAAUAAUGCAGAGGUUAAAAUGUAAAGAGGUAUAACAGUCUGGAUUUGUCUAUAUCUAUAUAUAUAUAUAUAUUUACCUAUAUAUAUAUAUAUAUAUAUGACUCUGCCUUAAUAUACCCCUUUUUUGUUUGUGACUUUCAACUGUAAUCAGUUAAUAAAGUAUUUAUUCUCUGCAUUCAGGUUCAAA